UUGUUGACGGCCGCUCUGUCACACAGCAGGGCUGCUCGUCGGCCGGAGCUCCUUCACCGCCUCAUGUCCGGCAGCGCCAUGGCGGCACGGCCCCGCACCCUCCUCGGCACCAUGGAGUUCGGGCGCCGCGCCGACGCCGAGCAGAGCGCGCUCAUGGUGAAGGCGUUCACGGAGCGCGGGCACGUGGAGCUGGACGGCGCGUUCAUGUACGAGAGCGCGGAGCAGAUCAUCGGCAGCCUGGAGCUGGGGCCGGCAGUGAAGAUCGCAACCAAAGUAAAUCCAUGGGAUGGGAAGACAUUGAAAGCAGACAGUGUUCGAUGUCAGUUCAAUACGUCGUUGGAGCGCCUUCAAAGGAAGAGUGUUGAGAUCCUCUACCUCCAUGCUCCAGAUCACGAGACACCAGUUGAGGAAACAUUGGCUGCUUGUCAAGAGCUUUACAAACAGGGCAAGUUUAAGGAACUUGGCCUCUGCAACUAUACUUCAUGGGAGGUGGCAGAAAUCUAUUCGAUCUGUAAACACAACAACUGGAUUCUUCCCACCGUCUAUCAGGGCAUGUAUAACGCCAUAACCCGGCAAAUAGAAGUGGAACUCAUACCCUGUCUCCGUUAUCUGGGGAUGAGAUUUUAUGCUUACAACCCACUGGCAGGUGGGCUGCUGACUGGGAAAUAUCAGUUUGAGCAACAACCCACUGGUCGCUUCUUUGGUAACAACUGGGCCGAGGUGUACAGAAACAGGUACUGGAAGGAGCAUAAUUUCCGAGCCAUAGAUUUGGUGAAAAAAGCAAUAGAUGAAACCUAUGGGUGUGGGAAGACAAGCCUGACAUCAGCAGCAUUACGAUGGAUAUAUCACCAUUCCAAGCUUCAGGGAGAUCUCGGGGAUGGCGUUUCCUUUGCGGUAUCAUCACUAGAACAGCUUCAACAGAACUUGACUGCCGCUGAGGAAGGACCACUUGCUUCAUCAGUAGUCGAUGCCUUCAAUGAAGGUUGGAAACUUGUCGCACAUGAUUGCCCAAAUUAUUUUCGAUAAAUCAGACUAAAAAUUGGGCUGAAUCUUCCAAUCUAAAUGCUGACAGUUACAGGAGUAACUGGCCUCUACCGAACUGAGGCCUGAGGACUCUGACCUCUAAGAGGAGCGCUGACCUCCUGACUGAGACCAUGCAACUCUCACACAUUUCCUUCUACUUAUCCUUGGACCUUGUCCCCACAGACAAGAACCAGGCCUUAAUCUCAAGCACCAUCACUGAUUUCAUCACUUCCGGCUCCCUGGGGUUGGCCUCAGGUAAAGCCUCCAAUCUCAUUGUUCCCCAGCCCCGCAUGGCUCGAUUUUAUUUUCUCCACAAAAUCCACAAAUAGAACUGUCCGGGCAGAUCCGUUGUUACUGCUUGUUCAUGUCCCACCAAACUAAUUUCCACAUACCUCGACUCCAACCUAUUCCCCCUCCCCCCACCCCACCUAUGUCCAAGACACCUCACACGCUCCUUGUUUCCUCAAUGACUUCUGUUUUCCAGGCCCCCACUCCCUCAUCUUCACUAUGGAUGUCCAGUCGCUCUACACCUCCAUCCCCCACCAGACGGGUCUUAAAGCCCUUUGUUAUAAAGUCCUCAACCCCAGAACCAGCCAAUUUCCAUCUACCAAUACUAUCCUCCACCUAGCAGAGCAGGUCCUUACCCAUAACAACUUCUUCUUUGAUUCUUCCCAUUUCCUCCAAAUCCAAGGCGUAGCUAUGGGCACUCGCAUGGGCCCAGCUACGCCUGCCUCUUUGUAGGGUACGUCGAACAAUCCUUGUUCCAGGCAUACACUGGCCCUAUCCCCAAACUCUACCUCCGCUCCAUUGACGACUGCAUUGGUGCUACCUCUGCACCCAUGCAGAACUCACUGACUUCAUCCACUUGUUUACGAAAGAACUGCAGAUGCUGGAAAAAUCAAAGGUACACAAAAAGCUGGAAAACUCAGCGGGUGAGGCAGCAUCUAUGGAGUGAAGGAAUGGGUGACAUUUCGGGUCGAGACCCAUAAUCUGACUGAUCAUCCACUUUGCCACUAAUUUCCACCCGGCACUCAAAUUCACCUGGACCAUUUCCGACAUCUCCCUACCGUUUCUAGAUCUCACCGUCUCCUAAGCAGGUAGCAGACUAUUGACCGACAUCAACUACAAACCUACUGACUCCCAUAGGUAUCUUGACUACACUUCUUCCCACCCUACCUCCUGUCAAGAUUCUAUCCCCUUGUUGUGUAUUUGGUGCUGGUAACAGACUUUAAAUAAAACUCGGACAUGGUAGUUAACUAACAAGCUUCUUUAUUCUGAACGCCACCUAGAGUCUCCUGCGCAUGCGUAUCAUUAUGCAAGACAUCAAAUAUGUUAAUUAUAUUUCACACAUAACACUCCACCCCCUUUAACUUGGAGGCAGGUAACACAAUUUCUAUUUCAUACAUAGCACUCCUCCCCUUUUAACUUGGUGGCAGGUAGCUCAAUUUCACCUUCACGGUAUAUACUCUUUACCUGAAAUAUAAUUGAUUAAUACACUGUUGCAAAAUUGUAUUAUUGAAGUAAUCUUACAAUACAUCCUCAUAGCUGUAAUAAUCAUACCUAAACUUAGCACAUAAUUUUUUCGUUCCACCCAUCUUCCUUAAACCAAAUACAUUACCCCUUGCUUUAUGUGUUAUAAUUUUCCGUUCCCUUAUGUGUAAAUUGCAAACUCUUUCUAAUCGCUCUAGCUCUGCCCGUAUCUCUGCCUCUUCCCUUUUUAAAUGUCCUUAUCUUAAUUUGAAGAUUUCUUCCUGUUCCUGAUAUUCUGCUAAAGUUCACAUUUCAUUUUCUGCUUCAUAUGCUUUGUUUUCCUGUUUCUGUUCAUUAUUUGUAGGUGGCAUCUGACACAUGGCUGCAGGUUUUUGUUUUGCUAGCAGCUUCCUCUGUCGCACAAUUUCCUCGCGCUGCGUAUUUAUCCGCUCUUGUUGUUUAACAAGAUUCUGAGAUGCAUAACCAUCUGUUCAUUGCUCAGUGAAGGAGGCUCCAUGCUGGACUGUAGAGAAGUGUCCUAGUCGCAAUUGGUCCUGCAUAUUUUUGUCUCGACCGACAAGCGCUCUUGUUUAGACUUUUCUAUUAGCAGCUUUUUACUCAUUGUCAUACAUUUAUAUAACCAUGCUUUGCAUCGUUUAAGCCUUUUCUGUUGUUCAUCUAUUUGUCUUCUUAAGUCACAUCUCUGGUUCUUCAUCAAGAAGUAGGAUCUAUAUUGUCUUUGCAAUAUAACAGUGGCUUUGAUUUGUGCUCUAUAGUUUUCUUGCUUCAUAAGUAAGGUAGUGAGACUGCACUACAUAUUUAUGCCUACUUUCUAUCUUUCCCCCUCCCCACCCCCGACAUCAGUCUGAAGAAGCGUCUCAACCCGAAAUGUCACCCAUUCCUUCUCUCCAUAGCUGCUGCCUCACCCUCUGAGUUACUCCAGCAAUUUGUGUCUACCUACAGGAGUACUUACAUUUGUUUUAAUUUGGAAGGUGGCUGGAUCAGUGGAGUAGCCUGCCAUUUACUGAGCCAGCCACCUUCCACUCACUGAUGAUGCCCCUUAGUGCUGGGAGAUGGAGCUGCCCAGCCUUUGCAUUGCCAGGCGAUUCUGUUGAUCAGUAAUCCAGCCCAGCCAAGCCUGUCAGCACACUGCAAUUCCCGAGUAACAAGAUGUCUUUGGUUGAGGGAGACACCGGAAAACAAUGGGGUCUCUGGUUCAAUCUAGAUCAACGUGGAUUGGGGUGGUGAGUGGGAAGAGAUGUUGUACACAUUAUAUGCUCAUAUCUUCGUUUACCAGAUUUCUGGGGCAAUUUAAAUUAAGACAGUGACCUUAAUAGUUUUUGUGACAUUUCAGUUCCCAGCUGGCAGCUUGGAAAUUGUAAUUUUCUCACCAAUAGUUUUUGCCUUGGUUUGAACUCUUGCCCCUAAAAUGGGGAUAGUUGAGAAUCAUUGCCAAAGGAAAAUUCACCAUCAAUCAAGCUGAGGUGGGUCAGGUCACAUGCUCCACCUCCAGCCAAGGGCUCAGUUGACUGAGCGAAUGUUGAGACAUGGCAGGUGGAUGCCAUGUCAGUUAACAUGGACCACGAAUUGAAAUAGGAAUUAAAAAAGUCAAGUAUAACCUGGUAAAGGGAAUACAUUCCAUGAGCUGAGUGUAGUUUAAGGAGCCUGAUAGCAGUGGGUUAUGUUCAAGUGUCUUGACCCUUGGAUGUUGCUGAGCUGCUUUGAAAAAUGACAGAAUAAGGAUUGGCUGGAUGGGAUCUGUAAUCUAAAAUCACGUAGAAUCCCAGCCUUGUUGGCAACACAUUAUAUUUGCUUUGUUUGCUUGAAUAAAAACAAUUGAUUCCUUUUUGCAUUUGA